CAGGUAGCUAGGCGACAAUUGGAUGCCAACAACCGAUCAAACUCUAUGAUCUCUUUUAAUCAAUUCAUCCCCAUAAUCCCUUUGAAUAGAGUGGUAGGAUCGACCUGCUGGUUAGCUAACAUGCGGGACGUUGUUGCCAAGAAGUUGCCGAGAAGUUUUUCUUUCUUUCUUUGAUCCAGUACUUCUGAUUAUCUAUAAUUGGACCUCUUGGUGAAUGGUAAUCACGCAGCGCAUACAGAUCAGAGGAUGACUUCUUCCAUGGCCUUUCAAGGACCUUCUUCCUCUUCCCAAUACUUUUCUUCAUGGAAUCAUGAUGUAUUCUUGAGUUUUAGAGGUAAAGAUGUUCGCCAAAACUUUGUUUCCCAUCUAUACCAAGCUUUGUAUCAAAGGGGAAUCAAUACAUACAUAGACAACAAUCUUGAAAGAUGAGAGGAAAUUUCGCCAGCACUUUUCAAAGCUAUUAAAGGGUCAAUAAUUUCUAUAAUUGUUCUCUCUAAAAAUUAUACAGAAUCUAGAUGGUGCUUAGACGAACUAUUGAAGAUUCUUGACUGCAAGGAAAAAAUGGAACAAAUUAUCCUCCCAAUAUUCUAUGACGUAGAUCCAUCAGAAGUAUGACAUCAAACAGAAAAUUUUGGAAAAUCAUUCACCAAACUUGCAGAGAGAAUCAAGGAUAACGUAAAGGUGCGGGAAUGGAAGGCAGCUCUGAAAAAAGUAGCCGAUUUGUCUGGGUUCCCAUUAGCGAGCUCCCGGAAUGAAUCGGAACUUAUCCACACAAUAAUUCAAUGGGUGGACUUAAGAAUGGUAAACCAUACAUCUUUACACGUAGCCAAGUAUCCAGUUGGAAUAGAGUCUCGUGUACAAGAUGUUUAUCAGCAUUUAAGAGUUGGAAGGAAUGAUAUUACAUGCAUGAUAGGAAUAUUUGGAGCUGGAGGAAUUGGUAAGACAACUAUUUCAAAAGAGAUCUAUAACAUGAUUUCUUCUCAAUUUGAAGGGAGUUGUUUCUUGAAAGACGUUAGAGAAACUUCAAAGCGAGUGAGUGGUCUAAUUAAGUUGCAAAAGAGACUUCUUUAUGAAAUCUUAAGAAUACAUUUGGAUGUUCGUGAUAUUGAUAGAGGAGUCAAUCUGAUUCGACAUAGACUUCGCUCUAAAAGGGUUCUCCUCAUUCUUGAUGAUGUGGAUGAGUUACUCCAACUAGAAAAUUUAGCUGGAGAUCGCAAUUGGUUUGGUUUAGGAAGCAGGAUCAUCAUAACAACAAGAGAUCGACAUUUACUAAAUAACCCUAAAGCUGAUUCAGUAUAUGAGGUGAAGAUAUUGGACUACAAUGAAGCUCUUCGACUCUUUAGUUGGCAUGCUUUUGUGAAAGAAGAACUGGUUGAAAAUUAUGUGGAACUCUCUAAACAAGUAUUGCAAUAUGCUCAAGGUCUUCCACUAGUUUUAACAAUUUUAGGUUCGGAUAUGAAAGGUCGAAGUAUACACCAAUGGAAAAGUGCAUUGAAUAAGUACAGAAAAACUCCCAACAGAAACAUUCAGAAAGUACUUCAAAUAAGUUAUGAUGGGCUGGAUAAUAAUGAGAAGGAUAUGUUCCUUGAUAUUGCAUUUUUCUUCAAAGGAGAACUCUUGGAUAAUGUCAUAAAAAUAUUUGACAGUUGUGGUUUUUCACCAGAUGAUGGUAUCAACAGGCUUAUAGACAAGUGUCUUAUUACUGUUCAUAUUGAUACAUUGUGGAUACAUGAUGUGCUGCAAGAUAUGGGUCGAGAAAUUGUUAGACUACAAUCACCCAAAGAACUUGGUAAACGCAGUAGAUUGUGGUUUCAUGAGGAUGUUCGUCAUGUGUUAGAAGAAAGUACGGGAACAAACAAAGUUGAAGGCAUGGUAAUAGAUUUGCCCGAUGGCGAAGACAUCAUAAACUUGGAUUCUAAUGCCUUUGUAUCAAUGAAAGGACUUAGAGUUUUUAUAAAUCGUAAUGCACGUUUUUUUGAAGGGCCUAAUUAUCUCUCUAAUGAGUUAAGAAUACUUGAUUGGUCUGAAUAUCCUAUGCAAUCUUUACCACCCAAUUUCAAUGGAAAGAAACUCAUCAUCUUUCGAAUGCGUGAUAGCUUGGUCAUGGAAUUAGGCCAGAGAUUCAAGAACUUGCGGACUAUGGAUCUCAUUGAUUGUAAUUUCCUAACAAAAAUCCCAGAUCUUUCAAGUGCUUCAAAUUUAAAGGAAUUGAAUGUCGAAUAUUGUGCAAGUCUAAUUGAGGUGCAUGAUUCUGUUGGAUUCCUAGAUAAUCUUUCUUUUUUGUCUUUUGAACAAUGCCCUAACCUCUCGAUAUUGCCAAAAAGUCUCAAGUUGAGAUCUUUAUAUAUGCUUAAGAUUGAAGAUUGCCCAAGCUUUCGUAAUUUUCCUGGAAUCGAGGGUAACAUGGAAAAUUUACGUACAUUACUUGUAAUGGGCACUGCAAUUGAAGAACUACCUUUAUCCAUAGGGAAUCUAGUGGGGCUUGAUCAUUUAAAUCUAAGGAGCUGCAAAAAACUUACUCGUCUCCCAACUUGCAUUCUUCAAUUGCAGCAUCUAAGUUGGGUUUGCAUCAGUGAUUGUCAAAAUAUUUUAAAUUUUGGAAAGAUGGGUUAUAACAGACAACCCAUUCUGGCUAUUGAGUUUACAACAAUGGAAGACGAGAUAUCUUCAAGUGAAGAACAACUCCAUGAAUUGCCGCCUCCAGCAAGUUCAAGCCAUGGGAGCACUACAUUACAAGUGUUGAAUCUUCCAAACUGUUCCCAAUCAGAAUCAAAUUUCUUUCCAUUAUCAAAUAUCUUUACCAUGUUUAAUUCCUUGGCCAGUUUGUCUUUUUUGGAUCUAUCAAGGAGUGAAAUUGUUAGCCUUCCCACUAGCAUCAAAGGACUUGUCAAACUGGCUUACCUUGACUUGAGCUUUUGUGAGAAACUUGAAGAAAUACAAGAACUUCCACCAAAUAUAGAACAAGUAGAUGCUUGUGGAUGCAAGUCCUUAGAAAGAUUUCCAGAAGUAUCAAAAAUAAUGCAAUUCCAUAGAAACCGCAUCAGAUCGUUAGCAUUGAUUAACUUGUCCUAUUGCAACAAAAUACAUGUGAAUAUAUGGAAUCGUCAUGGGCCAAAUCCUUUAUUGCGGAAGGGACAUUAUCAUAAAGUGUCAUCAGAUGGUGGGUGUUUUACGAGGCCUAAUGAUGUCCAACUGAGUGGAACCAAAGCAUGGGUUAUAGAUAUUGAGGGGCCACACAAUUUGGAGAAUAUAAGUGGGAUAACAUUAUAUUGUGUUGUGUUUUUCAAUCGAGAUGAUUGGUUUUGGGAUAAGAUAAGGGCUGAGAUAACCUGUGACGUCUCAAAUCAUGUAUGCUACAUUGAAAGAGGGGUUGAAUUACUUAAACUUGAUAGUCAUUCAACGCCAUAUAAAGUAUGGGUGGCAUACUCAUCAAUAGAAUCUUUUAAGCUUAAGGUUUUGGACAUUCUUAGAGUUCAUUUCUAUAUCCAGAAUGAUCAUAUAACGAAGUUUUAUAAAAGUUGCGGAGCCAAUGUGGUAUACAAGCAUGAAAGGAUAGCAAAGGAAGAAAAAGAAACGAGGAUGUAACCCAUCCCAGGGGUAUGCAGGCUGCAACCCAAAAAAUUGUUGGAUGAACCAGCUCUGAAAUGGUUUUUAUUUCGACUCGCACUGCUUUUAAAAAUUGAUAAAUUAAUGAUAUCACAACUCGCCCAUGUUGGUCAUUGAUGACUGCGAAUCGCCUGCCCUUUCAUAUGAUCAGUGAGAGAACAUACAAACACUGGUGCAGCAGUGGGAAGAUACAACUCAACUUUGGGGCCAUCAUAUUUGCCACAACCUGCCAAAUCUAUUCGAUAUGUCCAAAUCAGGGUGAAGAAUCGUCAACUCUCCUGAAGCAGUCAACAGAAAACUGGAUAAGGCCGUGAUCAUUGAAGGAGAUUUUCUAGUGCUAACCACAACAUUUCCAAAAUCUGCACAUCUCAUGUUCCCAAACCGACACUGACCACAUUCCAUCACUGACCACAUAUCAUCUGUACUAAAAAAGACAUCGGUUCCCAAACCGAUUUUGAAUUACUGAUAACUCAAGUAAGUCGGUCGCCCCUGUUUGUACUAUGUCCUUUGGGAAUAGCCUGACCUUCCAUCCCCUAACACAACGUUGGAUGACCUGGUAUUUUCAGGGGAUGGUUUCCUUUAAUUUUUGUUCCUUCUCUCUGCAUAUUAUAUAUGUUUUCCCUUUCUUUCA